UCCAACAUGACUCACUCUCACCUCAUUAUACCUCGUCUUUAUGUUGGUGAUUGUAUAUCGGCGCAAGAUCUAUCUGAAUUGAAGGAAAAUAAAAUAUCACAUAUUGUUUCCUUAGGAGGUUUCGAUUAUAAUCAUGCUGGGAUCAUAUACAAAAAUAUUCAUAUUGAAGAUUUACCGAAGGAAAUGAUCAUACAACAUUUUAACGACACUUUUGAUUUUAUUGAAGAAGCUCGCAGUAUAGGGACGGGUGUUCUAAUUCAUUGUCAAGCUGGCAUAUCUCGAAGUGCUACUGUAGCAGCCGCAUAUAUGAUGAGAAAAGGAAAUAUUGGAUAUGAACAAGCAUUAACUAUGAUCAAGAUAAGACGUACCAUGGUAGCUCCCAACGAGGGGUUUUUGGCUCAGCUGGAACUGUAUGAAAGCUUGAACUAUGAAGUCGAUCCAAAGCAUGCUGCUUAUAGACAAUUUAUGUUGGCUAAUAUGGAUGAAUAUAACAUUUAUAAUGAAAUGGAAAAUUAUACACUGGCUGCCGAUCCAGAAUAUACACCACCUAGUGCCCCUUCUCAAUUACCUUUUGUCUCAUUACGGUGUAAGAAAUGCAGACGUACAUUGGUUCAUGCGGAACAUGUGAUUGAACAUAAACCUGGCAAAGGACAACAAUCAUUCUCCUAUUUCAAGCGUACAAGUGAAUUGAAUGUGACCGAUGUAGCAGCACAACCAUCUACCGAAGCAAGUGUAUCAAGUACUCAAGUGAAUAAGGCAUUAAAUCCGCUUCUAGCAGCUUUGGCAACUUCCAAUCAAUCAUGUUCCUCGUAUUUUAUCGAACCUAUGGAAUGGAUGGGAAGAUUACAGGAUUCAGGUGAAAUUCUAGGUCGGAUCGAUUGUCCAAAAUGCUGUUCCAAAUUAGGUGCUUACAAUUGGAGUGGUGAACAAUGCUCCUGUGGUCGAUGGAUUACUCCUUCCUUCAUGCUACAUAGAAAACAAGUCGAUGAAAUCAGAAACACUUCCAAUUUCAACAUUCGAAAAUCUUAGUUUAGUGUUAUUCCUAGUUAGAUAGACUUUUUUUUUUUUUACAAUGAAAUAAACAACUACAAUAGACUAUAUAUUUUUGAUACAUUGUGAUUAGAUAAAUGAUUUCGGUUUUAAAGAACUGACUUCGCUGGAAGUAAUGGUCUUUAAAAGUAAAAAUGUGAUCUUUAUUUAAUAUAAACACAAUUAAAAAAAAAA